AUGCUGAAAAAUAACCAAAGCAAGUUAAAAAAAUUCAUCUUUUUCCCCUUCAUUUUAAUUUCCUUCUUCGCCCCAAUGAACCAGUGCAUGGUGGCCAACUGUCACCUCCCUCACGUGACAAAUAUGUUCGCUAGAAGGGGAAGUGAUGGGGAAAUCUCGAAGCUGCGCCCGAGGGGGGGUAAAAACGGCACAUUGUUCUCCCCCCAGUGGGAGGACAAAAAAGGAAGACGAAAGACAAAAAGGAUGUUAACCUUCCUGAGGAGUAAUUACCCUCUUAGGAGGCGUAGAGGGAGAGAAAACGGAAGGGAGAAAUCCCCCUGUGAUGUUCCAAUCCGUUGCAGCGCAAAUGAAGUGAUGAGCAGCUCCGCUAGUGAUGUCCAUCGCGGAGUCAACCCAGAAGGAGGGGAAAUCAUCACAAGCUCCGCCGAAAUGAUGCAACACCUCACGUUUAACUUCAAAGAGGAGUGCAACCAAAUCAUGGUGAGGUUAGGAAACUUCCUACAAGUAUCCCCCCAUCUGUUAUUUAAAGAUGUUUGUGUAAAUCUGAACAAGCUAUUCACUAACCUGUACACAUAUGAUAAUGAGAACGUCCCAUUCGCCACCACACAACAUACACUCAAUGUAACAGAAGACGUCAUCAGACACAAUAAGUUUAAAAUCUAUUGUGUCCUAGGAUUAAAGGUCUUACGAAUCUUUCUCAUCAAAUAUCUGAGGAGCUUAAGAUUAUGCAUCCCUGUAGAAGUACGAAAAAGAUACAUCUUAGAUUUUUUACAAAUAAAAUAUCUGUCCAAAAUAUAUCAUCCAAAAUAUAACUUGAUUGAUUACCCCACAUUUGAGAAACUAUCGGAGAAGCUCAAGGCCAAGCUGAUCUACUUCUACUUAGCUUUAAAGCCACAAGACGUUUCAAAUGUUCUCAUCAAAAUUUUUAAAGCGGCCAAUUAUAAGGAUGAGAAUGAAGUACUCUACAGGUAUGUUUAUACCUCUAAGUUUACCUCCAGGGGGGGAAAAAGAUUUCAUCGAAUUAUUUCCAAGGAAUAUCUUCAAUUAUAUGAGAAAGAUAAACUGGUGAGGAGACACCGUUGUGAUGAUGACUUGUUGUGGGUUCGAUUUUUUUCUCAUCUCAAGUUGCACAAUCCGGAGGUGGCGGAAGAGAAGAAGUUGCUGAAGCAGACCUACCGCCUCAUCUUCAGCAAAAUGGGCUUCGCGAAUGAUGCGCUUGUUCGCCUCUUUGAGCAGCGCGGCUUUCGCAUCUUUGACGCGCUCCCCGUAGAGGAGAACCAGACAGCCGACUCGCAGAGUUCCGACACCACGGCAAGUGGGACAGGCGGAGCGGACACUCCAGGCAUGGCAAGCACUGCAGGCACCCCCGGCACCCCCAGCGCACCCGUCACCUCCAACCUGCGCACCACUCGGGAGAAAGUCCAAAUAGGAGGCAAGAGAAAGGCGCAACUGGUCAGUUACCUAAGCAACCUCAAAACAUUCGUCUCCAACUACAUUCGCCGGAACAAGAGCAUACACCACAACUUCCACGUGCUGAAGACCAAUGUGGACGUUCCUAGGGACGCCCUUCACGACGAGGCGGUGACUCCCCACACGAACGUGUUUCACGCUGCUGUGGGUAGCGGCCCAGGUGGAAGCAACCCAGGUGGAAGCAACCCAGGUGGUAGCAGCCCAGGUGGAAGCGGCCAAGAUGGGAACGACCCCCCUUCGUCCCCCCCGGGGGACGUCGAACUGUAUUGCGAAACCGUCAUGAACAACACGAUCGAUUUGGUCCUGGACAUUAUGAUCGAGGCCGCGGGCUUCCGCGACGUUGCGACCCUCUUCGGCAUAUACAACUCGCUCAAGGGGAGCAAGGACUUCAAGUUGAUUGACUUCAUGGGGAAAUUCUGA